AGAUCUCGAACAUUAAGAAAUGAUAAUAAAGGAAAGAGGGACAGAUACGCAGCAACAAACAUCUCCAACGAUAAUUCUUCUUCAAAAUCGGGGUUCACAAAUAUCUAUGAGAACUUUGAAAGAUUUUCAAAAUUCAAAGAAAACAAGGAUCCCAGUAAACAGGGCCUAGAAAUGAAAACAAGACAAAAUGAGCGUGACGAUGAUAUUGACCAUGAUGAGAAAAAACACGAAGAAAACCCAUACGGAGAUCUUUACGUUAAUGAUGAAGCCAUCCCAGACAUAAAAGUUGAUCAAUUAGAGCGUGUUAUUAAAGAAAAACAAAGGCAUGAAAAUGAUGGUUUCAAAAGGGAGUAUGCGACUAUGCCUUAUGGUGAGAGACAUCCUUGCAACACUGGGAGAAAAACAGAAAACUUACCUAAAAACAGAUACAAGACUACCUUUCCAUAUGACCAUUCCAGGGUCAAAUUGUCCAACAGCCAGUCUGAUUACAUCAACGCCAAUUUAAUUGACGGUAUUGAUAAGGCACAUGCGUAUAUUGCGGCUCAAGGUCCGCGCCAGAACACAGUGGCAGAUUUCUGGAGAAUGGUUUGGCAGGAGAAUGUGACACAGAUAGUGAUGCUCACCAACCUAAAGGAGGGGACCAAGGCAAAAUGUGUCAAGUAUUGGCCGGAUUUGAACAAAAGUAGUACAUCUGGUGAGAUAAUCCUACGCGCGGAGGAAGAACAAAGUUAUGCAAAUUAUAUAAUACGGAAAUUUAGAGUUAAUUGUAAGGGGUUAAGAACAUACCGCAUAGUGACACAGUACCACUAUACGACCUGGCCGGACCACGGGACUCCUGCACCGCUCUGCCUUGUACUCUUUCAUGAUCACGUGACUAGAACAAGAGAAAAACAAAAGGGAGGUCCAACGGUAGUAUACUGCAGUGCUGGAAUCGGUCGUACUGGUACUUACAUCGCUAUAGACGCUUUAAGUAAGGCGGGAAAAACAGAGAGGAAAAUCAACAUCGCAGAAUACGUGAAGACAAUGAGAGAAAGUAGAAUGAAUAUGGUUCAAACAUAUGAGCAGUACAUGACUAUUUUUCUUGCACUUGAUGUCAUGUUCAAAGCUCCAACCUGUGUACUCACCAAAUCUGAAUUCUUAAGAAGAGCAGAACUAAUGACACGUGAUCAGCCAGCCAAUGAAAGUGAACUAAGAAAGGAGUUCCAGAAUCUUCUGAGAGUGAGACCAUCAUAUACAGAAGAGGAUUACACGUUUGCUUUGCAGGACGGGAAUAAAAAAUCAUCUGUUCUUCCACUUGACAAAUACAGUCUCUUCCUGUCUUCUAGUGUACCAAAACGCGGGAACUUUAUCAAUGCAGUCACUCUUCCUUCUUACAGCAAAUCAGAAGUAUUCAUCAUAACACAUUAUCCCUCACCAGAUGGUGCUGUUGACUUCCUGCGCCUGCUCAAUGAUCACGAGUCAGACUUAGUGAUUUGUAUGAAUCCCCUUAGAAACAUAGAAUCGCAUAAACAUUGGCUGCCGACUACCAACAGCUCAAAAAGAGUUUCCCCAUUCUCUAUUCACUGUGGAAGUGAACAAGUGACAGAUAUUAAAUGUACAACAAUUAGCAUUUCUCAGGAUGGGAAAAAUGAGAAUGGUUGUUCAGUGUCAAUAAUAGAACCAACAGAAGAAAUGCAAACAGAACGUUCCCAGGCUACAGUGCAGAUGUUACGCUUGGUUUCCUUUGCUCUUCAAAGUGAAACAGAUGGUCCUAUAACAGUAAUUAGCAGUGAUGGAGCAGUUUCGUGUGGGGUAUUCUGUGCAGUAUAUAAUGCGAUACAACAGUUGUCUAUAGAUGGGGUGGUGGAUAUCUUUUCUACUGUUCGACAGUUACAGAUAAGACGACCAGAAUUAUGUUCUUCAAUGGAGGAAUACAAAAUGAUUUACGAUGUUGUAUUGGAUUACAUCCGGGCACAAGAUGAUUCAUCUGAGGAAAAUAUUUAUUGCAACCAAUAGUGAC